UUUUCUUUCCCCCCCAAAUGUCAAUUGCUAGUCGGGGGUCAUCAAAAUCAACGAUCGCCGUCAAUUUCUCGGAUCCAGCAGAAACUGUAGAAGAGUAAAGCCGAGGAACGAUUCAAAAGGGGUACAAGGGUUGCAGAGAUUUGAGAGAGAUAUGGCGAGGAGACCGGACGAGGAAUACGACUACCUAUUCAAGGUGGUAUUAAUCGGCGAUUCCGGGGUAGGCAAAUCCAAUUUGCUCUCCCGAUUCACCAGGAACGAAUUCUGCUUGGAAUCCAAAUCCACCAUCGGCGUCGAAUUCGCCACCCGCACCCUUCAGGUUGAGGGAAGGACUAUAAAAGCUCAGAUUUGGGACACAGCUGGCCAGGAGAGAUACAGAGCCAUUACAAGUGCCUAUUACAGAGGUGCUCUUGGAGCUCUUCUGGUUUAUGACGUGACAAAACCAACCACCUUUGACAAUGUCAGCAGGUGGCUGAAGGAGCUGAGGGACCAUGCAGAUUCCAACAUUGUCAUCAUGCUCAUUGGAAACAAGACUGACCUGAAGCAUCUCCGAGCAGUUGCUACAGAGGAUGCUCAAAGCUUUGCUGAGAAGGAAGGCCUUGCUUUUAUUGAAACAUCUGCUUUAGAAGCAACAAAUGUAGAGAAGGCUUUUCAGACAAUACUUGGAGACAUAUAUCGUAUAAUUAGUAAGAAGUCGCUUGCUUCUGAUGAGUCAGCGCCAGCAAGCAUUAAAGAAGGACAAACUUUAGUUGUGGGAGCCGAUGAGACCAACGCCAAGAAGGCUUGCUGUUCAUCAUAAAUGUUGUAUUCUCAUCUGAAUCACCUCUUCUCUUGCCAACUCCUCAGCCCUACCAAGAAGCCUUAUAUUCAUCUCAUUUCUUUUUCUUUUGUUUUUUCAUCUCUGUUUUAUGUUUAUUAUAUUGACGAAGCUACUUUCACUUUUCUUUGUUCCAUUCUAGUUCUUUUUGGUGAUGUCAUUGGAUGAGUAUAUGAUUUCCAGAUGGUUUUUGUCAUAUUAUGUAUUUAUUCAAGUGCCAUGAAAAUUCCAGCAGAAGAAAAGUGUAUUGUUUU